GGGCUGUUACCAUCAAAACAAGUUGGUAUUGUUUGAAGAGAACUGCAACCAACUGUCAGUUCAGACCGAAUCAAGAACCAAGCUCUGCUGAAACAUGAAACUUUUUUCUGGGUUUUUGUAACAUCUUCAGACUGAGAAUGGCUCCUCAAACAGCUGAGAGGGUUUGUGGCAGUUAUGGCAGCUUUGGAAGUCCCUUCAAAAAGACCAAGGAAACCACCAGUAGUUCACAGCCCUUUACUAAACCACAGAUGAAGUUGAUGGAAUGUGUCAAGAGAAAAGUUCUCAUGUUUUUGGGAUACCAGGAGAAAGAAGAUUUAACAUUCGAUGAAUCUAAACUUAUCAUCAGAGGUCUAUCAGAUGAACUUAACAAGAUUCUUCAGAUCAGAGACUCAUCACUGCUGACCAGAGCCUGUGAAGAUGGAUCUAGUAUGGAGGAGAGACAAGACUGGAUCCUGCACUGGGCUGACGAAGUAAAGCACUCACUGUUGCCAGAACAGAUGAAAGAGGAACAUAAUCAAACCACAAAUGAUCAGAUGCCAGAUCAGGAACUCAGACUGAAGGAAGCCAGGAAGGUGCUGUCUGACUGGGCCUGGAACCUCAACACCAGGGAGCAGGAUAAGGUGUGUCUGGGGGAGGAUGUGUGUUCAGUGCUGCAGGACCUGGAGAGACUGUGGAAGAGAGGAACCCUUCCCAGCAUGCUCCCUGUCAUGGACUUCCUCAUCUGGAGUUUGUUGCAGGAACAUACAAAUGAGGGCUCCAUUUCCAAGCAGUGGCUCACAACCAAGCAGAGGUUUGGGAGCAGAGUGACUCUGAAUCACAUUCCUGACUCAGUUUGGGACUGGAUUUCUAAAGCAUCAGAUGACAUCACACUGGAUCCAGAAACAGCAAAUCCAAGCCUCAAAGUGUCCAGGGACAGGAAAAGAGUGAAGAUGGACACCAUCAUUGAGAGUAAACACAACCCCUGGGAUGGAUACAGCAGGACUCCUAGUCAGUACGAUGGGUGGUGGUGUGUUCUGGGAGCACAGGGCUUUACCUCAGGCAGACAUUACUGGGAGGUGGAGGUCAGAGGGAAGAAUGAGUGGAGGAUAGGAGUGGUCAGAGAGUCUGCUCCUCGAAAGGGAUUUGUUAACCUCAACACAACAGCUGGUUACUGGACCCUCCGUCUGCAGCUGGGUCAGCUGAUGGCCAUGACCUCACCAGUCACUAAGCUGGAGCGGUCUGCACCCUGCAGGUUAGGGGUGUUCCUGGAUAUGGAGGAGGGGCAGGUCUCCUUCUAUGAUGCCCAGCAGAAACGUCACAUCUACACCUUUGAUGCUGACCUUGAUGACGCAGGGAAGAUUUACCCCGUGUUUGGCACCAUUGAGACAGACAGGGAGAUAAAGAUUCUGUAAAAUUGUAAUGUCCCUUUUAUCACAUCUGACAGGAAACCACAUAUUUCUACACUUUCCCUCUACUUCCUCAACAUGAGUGUAAGAGAAACCAUCUGUAGAAGUAAACAAACUCAUAUUGUAGCUCCACUCCUGGUGAACAGAACACUUUGUACUGUAGUAAAAGGUCAUGUCACUAUUCAAACAUUGGCAGUAUAUAGGCCUAAUCUCUGUUCUGUUUAUAGACUGAAACUUGGGUGUAGGUUCUGGGAACCACUGAGGUCACCACCCUGAUUGUUAAUAAAUGCAGUGAAGGAUAAUCACAAGGCAGAUAGUUAUGAUGACUGACAGCACCAGUCACUUGCCAUGUUAACAAUGCAGACAAACCUGUCAGAUGACAAGGCAGAAGGGGAAAUGGAGAAACUGCAAAACAACAUGCACAUCAAAUAUGUUCUCAUGUAAUAGACUAGAGCAGGGCUCUUCAAUUAGUUUGGAGCUGGGGCCGGUUCUUGAAACUGAGGCAAAGUCAGGGGCCGGAGGAUAUGAGUAAUCACGGUAACAAAUAAAGAAA